AUGCCUGAAAUAUUUGGUGAACCACUCGACUCAGCGAUCCCCGACGAUUUGACGCUCUCCCAGUUCUUCCUCGACUCCUACCAUCCACGUAGGCCGAUCCGAACAGAUGCACCAUGGUUGAUUGAGGACGAGACCGGGAGGCGUAUCGGAUUUGAGGAGGUGCGUGAAAACUGUGCCUACCCGUCUGGCAACUUGAAGAUCCGUGCACGAACCUUUGGAUUUGCAAAUGGACUUAUGUUGCGCUACGGUAUCAGUACGUUUUAUCUCCACUCUACCAUCAGCGUCAGUUCACCGUUUUCCGUAGAUUAUCCACCUGCAAUAUGGGCUACGCACCGACUGGGUGGAAUUGUUUCCGGCGCGAAUCCAACGUAUACAGCGGAGGAACUCUUACACCAGAUCCAGGUUGUGAAGCCAACCCUGGUAAUUGCACAUCCGUCCUCCCUCCAUACAGCUCUCAGUGCUACAUGCGCGGCCGGGAUACCUUCUGAUCGAGUUAUUACUUUUGGCGAAUCAACUCAGCCUACUGUAGAGAGUAUCAUUCAGCUUGGACUCAGGAGCGAACCCGCCUUUGUCGAGCGGAAAUUGAAGAAGGGCGAGGGCAAGACCAAGGUCGCUUUCUUAAAUUUUUCCAGUGGUACAACAGGUAAACCUAAGGCAGUAUCCAUUGCACAUUAUGCACCCAUUGUCAACGUCAUUCAGAUAGCGCAGUACACAAAGGUCAACGAGAACUAUGCUCCUUGGGAGGAGCAGCGGUUCAGACCAAGUGAUAUAGUCGCUGGAGAUAUCUAUGGCCUUGUAUUCUCUAUUUACGCGGUCCCGUUUUUUGGAAUGUCGCUGGUAGUCAUUCCAAAAUUCGGAUUCACAGAUUUCUUGAGGAGCAUAGAGAAGCACCGUAUCACUCACCUGACACUCGUUCCGCCUCAAAUUGUACUGCUUUGCAAGCAUCCAGCAGUCAAUGACUUUGACCUGAGUGACAUUCGAUUCUUGAUCUCCGGAGCUGCACCUCUUUCAGCUGAGUUGGUAAACCAGCUCAUGAAAGUAAUCCCCAACGCCCAAAUCGGCCAAGGUUAUGGGCUUACCGAAUCCUCUACAUCACUCACAAUGUACUCGGUUGAUCAGAAAAUAGGUAUCCCAGGUAGCGCUGGACAGUUACUACCAGGUGUGGUUGCCCGAGUAGUCAAGCCUGAUGGUUCCCUGGCUGGCUUCAAUGAGCCAGGCGAAUUGAGAGUGAAGACGCCUUCCUUGGCAUUAGGAUACUGGAAUGAUGAACAAGCAACAAAAGACACAUUUGUUAAAGGAUGGCUUUGCACCGGAGACGAAGUUAUUAUACGUGAAGACAAAGAAGUUUUCAUCGUCGAUCGAUUGAAGGAAAUUAUGAAAGUCAGAGGAUUCCAAGUAGCUCCUGCCGAACUAGAAGGUUGUAUUCUAGAUCACCGCGAUGUCGCAGACACGUGUGUCGUGCCCAUACCUGACGACUACAGCGGAGAAGUUCCGUUGGCGUUUGUCGUGCUUCGUGCAUUGACUGCGAAUCGUGUGGGAAAAGACUCCCGCGAAGCAGAUAAAGUAAAGGCGUCUAUAAUGAAGCACGUCGCAGACAACAAGGUCGCGUAUAAGCACAUAGCGGGAGGCGUGGAAUUCAUAGAUGUCAUACCAAAGAAUCCAAGUGGAAAGCUACUACGGCGGGUGCUUCGUGACCGAGCUCGGCAAUUGAGAGCAGGAGAGUUCAAGGCUAAGCUAUGA